GCGAUUCAACAACCCGUCUUUACCUUCCGCUUUUUUUUUUUACGGUCUUCGCUCUUUUCCAUGGUGCUCGCCGCCCUCUCUUUCGCUCAAUUACCGGGCAUCAGCAUCAGCAGAGCUUCUCCCGACUCCUUUCCGUGUCAUCGUCCCUCUUCUCUCCUCUUUCCUCUCGGUCGCCGCCGACUUACACUCCACUCUGAUAGAAACCAAAGCCUCAAGGCCUCCUCCUCUUCCUCUAUCUCCAGCUCUACUCCUGGAACCAAAGCUGACGCCUUUGAGCUUACCUAUCUAGAGGGAAACAGCUGGUUAUGGAAUACAGAUGGAGUGAACGUCUUGGUGGAUCCCAUCUUGGUGGGAAACCUGGAUUUUGGGGUGCCGUGGCUGUAUGAUGCCGCCAAGAAGGUUUUGACCACGUUCCGGCUCGAGAAUCUCCCUGCGGUGGACUGCCUACUGAUUACACAGAGCCUUGAUGACCACUGCCAUGUGAAGACGCUAAGACCCCUUUCAGAGAAGCAUCCUAACCUUCCAGUAUUCUCCACUCCGAAUGCAGAAUCUAUUUUAAGAUCACUCUUUAGAAAUGUAACUUAUCUAGAACCUGGCCAAACUUCUGAAUUUGAAGGCAGAAAUGGAGGAAAGCUCAAUAUCCUUGCUACUGCAGGUCCUAUAUUAGGUCCUCCUUGGCAGAGGCCAGAAAAUGGGUACAUUAUCACAUCAAGAAGAAGUAAUCUGAAACUCUACUAUGAACCGCACUGUGUAUACAACAAGUCUUUUCUAAAAGAAUAUAAGGUGGACAUACUCAUCACGCCAGUCAUUAAACAGCUACUUCCUUCAUUCACCUUGGUUUCUGGACAAGAAGAUGCAGUUCAUCUUGCAAAGUUACUGCAAGCAAAGUACAUUGUUCCAAUGAAGAAUGGUGAUCUUAAUGGUAAAGGGUUUCUCUCAAGUAUCAUUCGUUCGGAGGGGACGGUGGAAUCUUUUAAGGAAUUGUUGAAGGAGGAGCUUCCGGAUGCACAUGUACUUGAACCUCAGCCAGGGGUGCCUCUUGAGAUUUCAAUGUCUUCGAGUUCCCUCUAAAUCAAAGCAAUCAAGAUGAUGAAUCAAAUCUAUGCAAACACCAAUUGGAAGGCUUGCUAUAAGUUUUUUCAAUCUUGGGCAUAACAAAUUUGCUUGAGAUGAAAUUGUUUUCGCUUACAACAAAUCUAUAUGCAUAAAUCAUGAGGAUAUUCUGAUGUGUGGCAUAUUGGAGUUCUUCCACACAAAGCAAUAAACUGGUAAGCAAGAGACUAAGGCUUCAUAUGGGACGGCUUUCUUCUUGCUUUCUAAAACAGAUUUCUAGUACAAAAAUUUUUUGAAUUUAAAAUUUUUGCACUAAAAAGUCGUUUUAGAAAGUAGUACGAAAGUGUCCCAAACGAAACCUAAGAAAAAGAAACAAUGAAUUUCAAAUAGGAAAGUUAGAAGAGAAAGUCGCUCCCAAAUCAUGAAGACAUGCACUUCUGUCUCUUAUAAUCUUUAUUUAUCUAUAAAGACAAACUUAAGAAUUGUAAGAUAUGUGGAGGUUGGCAGUAGUAAUUUUAUUUUGUUGUUUCUAUUGUUUCUAAACUAUCAGUAUUUCUUGCACAUAGCUGUGUUGUUUCCUCCAACAGACCCAGCUGCCAGCUCUCCUGAACUUUGGAAAACUAACCUUGAUGGAUUUUGGCUUUGGAGUGCUUACGGAGCUUCAGAAUUUUGCAACUGCUUUGCCCACUUCAGCUAGAAAUGUUGAUUUCCAGGUGUGCAAUUGGAAAUAAUACGCUCAUCUAAGAUAUAUUUUGGUUGUAGUUGUUGCUUUUGUCUUUGCAAUUGUGCUGUAGGAUUCUAAAUACAAUAUGGUGAAAAAAUCA